AUGCUCGCCGGCCGCUAUACCAUCAUCAUCGUUGUCUUCGCUUUCCUGCUGCUGCCGGCGCCACUGGCCGUGGAGAACCCGCCUUAUGAAUCCUAUUGCGACGGCAACGGGUACGCGGUCAACAGCACGUUCCAGGCGAACCUGAACCUUCUCACCGCAGCGCUCCCCGUCAACGCCUCCAUCUCGCCGGCGGGCUUCGCAACCGCCGGCUUUGGCUCGGCGCCCGACCAGGCCAACGGGCUGGCGCUUUGCCGCGGCGACACCAACGCCUCCACCUGCGCCGCCUGUGUCGCGGCGGCGUUCCAGGACGCGCAGCAGCUCUGCCCGCUGUCCAAGGGCGCCACCGUGUACCGUGACGCCUGCGUCCUCCGCUUCGCCAGCUGGCCGUUCUUGGAUUUCCUCCAAGAGGGCCAGUGGCUUGUGCCGGAAUUGUUUCCUUCGAUUUUUAAGGGCCCAGGGAGCGUCAACGCCUCGGAUGCCUGGUUCAGCGCCGCCGUCACGGGGAUCUUCAGGGCCCUAGUCGACCACGCGAUGGCGACGAGCAACGCGACGAGGAAGUACUUCGCCACGGGUGAGAUGGACUUCGACCCCAAGCUCUAUGGGCUUGCGCAGUGCGCGCCGGAUCUCACGCUGGCGCAGUGCCGGGACUGCCUCAGGGACCUCGCGACAAUACUGACGACGCAGUAUUUGAGCGGGCGGCCGCCCUCGAUUAGCGCUUUCGUGGUGUGGUGCUCCCUGAUAUGCAGCGUGUCGCCGGUCUACGACGGCCGGGCGAUGUUGCAGCUUGCCGCGCCGCCGGUACCACCACCAUCGACCACUCUCACGCCCCCUUCUUCAGGGAGGAAAAGAAGUGCAGCUGUAAUUUCUGCAGGCGUAGCCUGUUCCAUUGCGUUAAUGUUGAUUAUUUCAGCUAUUUGUUUCCUUCGAUUCCAGAGGAGAAUUAACUCGACAGAGAACAAUCAUCCACUGAAGAAGAUAGGGAGAGCACAAUGCACGAUCUUUGAUUUGCCAACAUUGCAAGAGGCGACUGAACACUUCUCAGAGAAGAAUAAGCUAGGAGAAGGUGGCUUUGGUACUGUAUACAAGGGGAUCCUCUCUGAUGGGCAAGAGAUAGCAGUCAAGACACUCUUAGGAAGAACCGGGGACGGGUUGCAACAACUACACAAUGAAGUGCUGGUACUGGCAGAGCUUCAGCACAAGAACCUUGUUAGCGGCUAUAUGGCGCCAGAGUAUGUAAUGCACGGUAGGGUGUCGCCCAAGAUUGAUGUCUUCAGCUUCGGUGUGUUGGUCCUUGAGAUUGUGACCAGGAGAAGCAACUGCAGUUCUGAUGACCACAGCACUGUCAAUCUCCUUAGUGAUGUCUGGGAUCACUGGUCCAAAGGGACGAUGUUGCAAAUGCUUCACCCAUCGCUGGAUGAGGUUGCUCAAAGCCAGGCGCUACGAUGCAUCCACAUCGGUCUGCUGUGCGUCCAGUCGAAACCUGAGGACAGGCCUGACAUAUCAGUCGUGGUAUUCAUGUUAACCAGGGAUAGCAUGGGGCUCCAGCCGCCGUCACAGCCUGCAUUCUUCUUUGGUAGAGAAUCACCUUCAGCUUUAGGGUCAGAUGCUCGAAGCAGCUAUACAUACGAGCGGUCUGGUUUCAUAUUGGGACAGGGUAUCUCUGUGAAUGAGAUUACACUCAGUGAACUGUACCCUAGAUAG